AUGGGGCAACAAUUAACAACACCUUUAAGCCUGACUCUAGGACACUGGAAGGAGGUUCGAGAGAUCGCCCGCAGUUUGUCGACUGAAGUCCACAAAAAGGAGUGGGUGGCGCUUUGCACCUCCGAAUGGUCCACUUUCGGUGUCGGGUGGCCAAAGGACGGAAUCUUUAACCUUGACUUAAUUUUGCAGGUUAAAGACCAAGUCUGCCAUAAGGGUGGAGGGGGACGUCCAGAACAAGUACCCUAUGUCAUGGUGUGGGAAGACUUGACCCAGAAGCCCCUGCUUUGGGUUAAGCCUUUCAUAGCACACGGAGACACCAAAGACCGCCAGCAGAAAGAUAAGGAGGAAGCUGAUGAGAGUCCCAGGCUUCCCCCACUUCCCUCCUCAACUCCCCUAACCCCCGUCCCAGCAGAGACCCCAGUGCAAGGUCCCCCGCCAACCUCAGAUCUUUAUCCCCUGAAAGAACUCCAACCAUUGAAAUCCGCAUGUCCACCCGUCCUUUCGGAUGGACAGGAGGACCUCCUCCUUAUGGAUCCCCCACUGCCAUACAACCGUCCGGCACUGAGGGAGAUGCCUCCCUCUGCCCCGUCCCCGGACUCUACAGUCCAAGAAUCAGGGGUACCACAACCCACUUCCCUACGAGACCCCUCACCGCCAAGUACCUGCCUGCGUCUUCACCGAGAGCAGAGGGGGGGGGGGAUUUUGGGCAUCCCAGGCAUUCCCAUUGCGUUCAGUGGGGGGGAGCUUCAGUAUUGGCCAUUCUCCGCGUCAGAUCUCUACAACUGGAAAACCCACAACCCCCCAUUUUCGCAGGACCCGCAGGCCCACGGACUGAUUGAGUCGAUUCUGUUAACCCACCAACCCACUUGGGAUGACUGUCAGCAGCUUUUACAGGCCCUCCUGACCACGGAAGAGCAACAGCGGGUUUUCACAGAAGCCCGCAAAAAUGUGCCGGGGGAUGACGGCCGCCCCACUCAGCUACCUAACGAGAUUGAUGAGGUGUUCCCGUUGACUCGACCAAAUUGGGACUUCAAUACGGCAGCGGGUAGGGAACGACUCCGUCUCUAUCGCCAGGUUCUCCUGACAGGUCUCUGGGGGGCAGGAAGAUGCCCCACCAAUUUGGCCAAGGUACGUGCGAUUGUGCAGGGUAGUGAGGAAACUCCGGCAGGAUUUUUAGAAAGGCUAAUGGAAGGAUACAGAAUGUAUACUCCCUUUGACCCACAGGCCCCUGACCGGCAGGCUGAUGUAAUCAUGUCCUUCAUUGGACAAUCGGCCCCAGACAUCCGCACAAGGUUAUAGAGGCUGGAGGGGUUGCAGGGGUAUACACUGCAGGACCUAGUUAAGGAGGCAGAAAAGAUUUUCAAUAAAAGAGAGACAAAGGAGGAAAGAGAAGAGAGGUUACGCAGAGAACAGGAAUGUAGAGAAGAUCAGAGAGAUAAAAAAAGAAACAAGGACUUAGUUAAAAUCCUGGCCACCGCAGUCACAGGACCAGAGCAGACUAAAGGUAGACAAGAUAGGGAUCUGGGAGACAAACGGAGGCCACGGUUGGACCGAGACAAGUGCGCAUACUGCAAGGAAAAAGGACACUGGGCUAAGGAGUGCCCGAACAAGGGGCAGCCAAGGAGCCAGCGGAGAGCGACACCCAUCCUGGCGCUGGAAGACGACGACUAGGUAGGUCAGGGCCAGGCGCCUCCCCCUGAGCCCCGGGUAACUCUAAAAGUGGGAGGCCGGCCAGUCACCUUCCUGGUCGAUACGGGAGCCCAACAUUCGGUCCUCACAACGGCCGGAGGCCCCCUUAGUUCCAAGACAUCAUGGGUCCAGGGGGCCACCGGAGGAAAACUGUACAAGUGGACUACUGAGCGAAAGGUCGACCUGGCAACAGGGUGGGUCACGCAUUCGUUUCUACUAGUACCGGACUGCCCAUACCCCCUGCUGGGAAGGGAUCUGCUCUCAAAGGUUGGGGCCCAGAUCCAUUUCCAAGACAAGGGAGCCACAGUAGUCGGCCCCGCAGGCCAACCCCUUCAUGUGUUGACCCUCCGGCUGGAAGACGAACACCGCCUUCACGAGUGCCCCCUAUCAGCUCAGCCCCAAGUAGCAUCUGAAUGGCUUACUAAAUUCCCUCAGUCUUGGGCGGAGAUGGGAGGAGUGGGGCUUGCUAUCAGACAGCCCCCGGUGAUAGUAAACCUGAAGCCCACGGCCACUCCCGUAUCUAUCCGCCAAUACCCUAUGGCUGCAGAGGCAAAGGUUGGAAUUCGGCCACACAUACAGAGACUAAUAAAACUGGGCAUAUUGAGACCUUGUCAGUCACCUUGGAACACCCCUUUGUUACCAGUCAAAAAUCCUGGCUCCAAUGAUUACAGGCCAGUGCAAGACCUACGGGAAUUAAACCGUAGGGCUGAGGACAUUCACCCCACGGUCCCUAACCCGUACAACCUGCUGAGCACCCUGCCCCCGACCCGAACUUGGUAUACGGUGCUUGACUUGAAAGAGGCCUUUUUUUGCCUAAGACUGAGUCGCCAGAGUCAACCUCUCUUUGCCUUCGAGUGGAAAGACCCGGAGACUGGGUUUUCGGGACAACUAACGUGGACCAGGCUUCCCCAAGGGUUCAAGAACUCCCCUACGCUGUUUGAUGAAGCCCUACACCAGGACUUGGCGGAUUUCCGGGUGAGCCACCCAGAGUUGACUCUCCUACAGUACGUGGAUGACCUAUUGUUAGCUGCAGAGACUGAGCAGGGUUGCACCAAAGGUACGGAGGCCCUACUCCAUAGGCUGGGAGAGCUAGGAUACAGGGCUUCCAUGAAGAAGGCCCAACUUUGCACCCAACGUGUGACCUACCUGGGCUACAUAUUGGAGGGGGGUCAGAGGUGGCUGACUGAGGAACGUAAAAAGGCCGUAGUGCUCAUCCCGCCACCUAAAAAUGCUCGCCACCUCAGGGAGUUCUUGGGCAGUGCCGGUUUCUGCCGCCUCUGGAUACCGGGUUUUGCGGAGAUGGCAGGGUCCCUGUACCCCCUAACCAGGACAAAUUCCCCGUUCAUCUGGGGAAGGGAACAACAAUUAGCUUUUGACAGAAUAAAAUGGGCCCUCUUGGAGGCCCCUGCAUUAAGCCUCCCAGACCCCGCUAAGCCCUUUACCCUCUAUGUGGAUGAAAAAAAGGGAGUGGCAAAGGGUGUCUUGACUCAGAAUUUGGGGCCCUGGAAAAGACCUGUGGCGUAUUUUUCAAAGAAACUGGACAGUGUCGCCUCGGGGUGGCCCCCUUGCCUCCGCAUGAUUGCGGCUGUGGCCGUCUUGGUGAAAGACUCGGACAAAUUGACUCUGGGGCAACCACUCACCAUAGUGGCGCCCCAUGCCAUCGAGGCCGUCAUCCGCCAACCACCAGACAGAUGGCUCUCGAACGCCAGGAUCACCCACUACCAGGCCAUGCUGCUCAACCCUGAACGGGUCCGGUAUGGGACUGCUGCCUCGCUCAACCCGGCCACCCUGCUUCCUGAGCCGGGGUCUGAAUCACAAGUCGACCACGACUGCCACCAAGUGUUAGCCAAAGUGCACGGGACCCGAGAGGACCUGACCGAUCUACCCCUGUCAUAUGUAGUCACCUGGUAUACGGACGGGAGCAGCUUCUUGCACCAAGGUGAGAGAAAGGCAGGGGCAGCGGUGGUUGACGGGGAAACUGUCAUAUGGGCCUCUGCUCUGCCCCCAGGGACUUCGGCACAGAAGGCUGAACUUGUGGCCCUCACCCAAGCGCUUCGUGCCACUAAGAAUCGGAGGGUAAACAUUUAUACCGACAGCCGUUAUGCCUUUGCCACUGCGCAUAUACAUGGGGAAAUAUAUCGGAGGAGAGGGUUGCUAACCUCAGGGGGCAAGGACAUUAAAAAUAAGCAGGAGAUCCUAGACCUCCUACAAGCCCUCCACAUUCCAAAGAAAGUGAGUAUCAUCCACUGCCCAGGUCAUCAGAAAGGAGAUGACGCAGUGGCCAAGGGGAAUAAAAGACCUCCAUUACCAGAGGGAGCAAGGAUGCGAGGGGCACGCCCAGGAACGAACUGGGAGAUGGACUUUACCGAGAUUCGUCCUGGUAGGUAUGGAAUUAAGUAUCUCCUAGUAUUUGUAGACACUUUUUCCGGCUGGACAGAGGCUUUUCUGGUAAAGGAGGAAACAGUGCAGGUGGUGGUCAAGAAAAUCUUGGAAGAAAUCUUUCCGAGGUUUGGCCUGCCUAAGGUACUGGGAUCCGAUAAUGGGCCGGCCUUUGUCUCCCGGGUAAGUCAGUUGGUGGCCAAGGUACUGGGGAUUGAUUGGAAAAUGCAUUGCGUGUACAGACCCCAGAGUUCAGGACAGGUAGAGCGCAUGAAUAGAACAAUUAAGGAGACCUUAACCAAAUUAAUGAUGGAGACUGGCGCUAGAGACUGGGUCGAGUUAUUACCGAUGGCCCUAUUCUGGGCCCGCAACACUCCCUCUGCGUUCGGGUUAACUCCAUAUGAGAUAUUGUAUGGGGGUCCUCCCCCAAUAGCUGACUUGCUGGGGCCCAGCAUUGACUCUUAUGCCACUUCCCCUAGUUUGCAGACCCGACUGAGAGCUUUGCAGUUGAUUCAGAAGCACGUGUGGAAACCUCUAGCAGCAGUAUACCAAUCCAAGUGCCUUACAGUGCCACACCCUUUCCAGAUCGGAGAUUCAGUUUACGUCCGCAGACAUCAGUCCAGGACCCUCGAGCCGCGUUGGAAGGCGCCCUACACCGUACUCCUAACAACGCCGACAGCAGUGAAGGUGGACGGAAUCGCGGCUUGGGUUCACGCCUCUCACGUCAAAAAGACAUCAGAAAAGGAGGGGAGUUCGAGCAAGGACACAAGUGAACCGUCGAGAUGGGAACUCCAGCGCACUCAAAAUCCCCUCAAGAUAAGACUUUUAAAAGCUGCCUAA